AGAGGUUUGCUGCUGCCUGGGGAGUUUUUCUGAGGUUACUCCCGAGCACCCAAAGUCCUUCGGUCUGCAGCCAUACAGACACCCAGAGAAGCUACAGGCAGGCAGAGGCUAUUUUCUGAUGAGUCUUCAUCAGCUUUGCUAAUCAGCUGGUUGAAAAUAAUCCCUCAAACACUACAGAGUCAAGGAUACAGGUAUUACAGAUGGGGAAACCAAGGCAUAGAAGUUACCCAACUUGCUCAAAGUCACACAUGUGAUCAGCAGUGGGGGAUUCGAACUCGGAAGCGUGAAGAGCUUUCUGGGCCAGCACAUGAUUUGGAAGUUACUCUUUGUGACAUGGAUGAAUCUGCACUGACCCUUGGCACAAUAGAUGUUUCUUAUUUGCCAAAUUCAUCUGAAUACAGUGUGGGUCGAUGUAAGCAUGCAAAUGAGGAAUGGGCUGAGUGUGGUUUCAGACCUACUGUCUUCAGAUCUGCAACCUUAAAAUGGAAAGAAAGCCUAAUGAGCCGGAAAAGGCCAUUUGUUGGAAGAUGUUGUUACUCCUGUACUCCCCAGAGCUGGGAUAAAUUUUUCAACUCCAGUAUCCCAUCUUUGGGUUUGCGGAAUGUUAUUUAUAUCAAUGAAACUCACACAAGGCACCGAGGAUGGCUUGCAAGACGUCUUUCUUAUGUGCUUUUUAUUCAAGAGCGAGAUGUCCAUAGAGGCAUGUUUGCCACCAAUGUGGCUGAAAAUGUACUGAACAGCAGUAGAGUUCAAGAGGCAAUUGCAGAAGUGGCUGCUGAAUUAAAUCCUGAUGGUUCUGCUCAGCAGCAAUCAAAAGCCAUCAGUAAAGUGAAAAAGAAAGCCAAAAGGAUCCUUCAAGAAAUGGUUGCCACCGUCUCACCAACAAUGAUCAGACUGACAGGAUGGGUGUUGCUUAAACUGUUCAACAGCUUCUUUUGGAAUAUUCAGAUCCACAAAGGCCAACUUGAGAUGGUUAAAGCUGCAACUGAGAUGAAUUUGCCACUUAUAUUCCUGCCAGUUCACAGAUCACAUAUUGACUAUCUCCUGCUGACUUUCAUUCUCUUCUGUCAUAACAUCAAAGCACCAUACAUUGCUUCAGGCAAUAAUCUUAACAUUCCCAUCUUCAGUACCUUGAUCCAUAAGCUUGGAGGCUUUUUCAUACGACGGAGGCUGGAUGAGACGCCAGAUGGACGGAAGGAUAUUCUUUAUAGAGCUUUGCUCCAUGGGCAUAUAGUUGAGCUACUUCGACAGCAGCAAUUCUUAGAGAUUUUUCUGGAAGGCACACGCUCUAGGAGUGGAAAAACGUCCUGUGCUCGGGCAGGACUUUUGUCAGUUGUGGUAGAUACUCUGUCUACUAAUACUAUCCCAGACAUCUUGAUAAUACCUGUUGGAAUCUCCUAUGAUCGUAUUAUUGAAGGUCACUACAAUGGCGAACAACUGGGAAAACCUAAGAAGAAUGAGAGCCUUUGGAGCGUAGCUAGAGGAGUUAUCAGAAUGUUACGAAAAAACUAUGGAUGUGUCAGAGUGGAUUUUGCACAACCAUUUUCCUUAAAGGAAUAUUUAGAAAGCCAAAGUCAGAAACCUUUAUCUGCUCCACUUUCUCUAGAGCAAGCAUUGUUACCAGCUAUACUUCCUUUAAGACCCAGUGAUGCUGCUGAUGAAGGUGCAGACACAUCCAUCGAUGAGUCCAGAAAUGUAACCGAUGAAUCCUUCCGAAGAAGGCUGAUUGCAAAUCUGGCUGAGCACAUUCUCUUCACUGCUAGCAAGUCCUGUGCCAUUAUGUCAACACACAUCGUGGCCUGCCUGCUCCUCUACAGACACAGGCAGGGAAUUGAUCUCUCCACAUUGGUGGAGGACUUCUUUGUGAUGAAGGAGGAAGUCCUGGCUCGUGAUUUUGACCUGGGCUUCUCAGGAAACUCAGAAGAUGUAGUCAUGCACGCCAUACAGCUGCUUGGAAAUUGCGUCACGAUCACCCACACUAGUAGGAAUGAUGAGUUUUUUAUUACUCCCAGCACAACUGUCCCAUCAGUCUUUGAACUCAACUUCUACAGCAACGGAGUGCUCCAUGUCUUCAUCAUGGAGGCCAUCAUAGCCUGCAGCCUUUACGCAGUUCUGAACAAGAGAGGCACAGGAGGGCCUUCAGGUACAUCCCCCAGCCUGGUCAGCCAGGAACAGCUGGUGCGGAAGGCUGCCAGCCUCUGCUGUCUUCUCUCUAACGAAGGCACCAUAUCCCUCCCUUGCCAGACAUUUUACCAAAUUUGCCAUGAAACAGUAGGAAGGUUUAUCCAGUAUGGCAUUCUCGUUGUGGCAGAGCAAGAUGACCAGGAAGAUAUCAGUCCCAGUCUUGCUGAGCAGCAGUGGGACAAGAAGCUUCCUGAGCCUUUGUCUUGGAGAAGUGAUGAAGAAGAUGAAGACAGUGAUUUUGGUGAGGAGCAGCGAGAUUGCUACCUGAAGGUGAGCCAGUCCAAGGAGCACCAGCAGUUCAUCACCUUCCUCCAGCGGCUGCUCGGGCCUUUGCUCGAGGCCUACAGCUCGGCUGCCAUCUUCAUCCACAACUUCAGCGGGCCUGUCCCGGAGCCUGAGUAUCUGCAGAAGUUGCACAAGUACUUGAUCACCAGGACGGAGAGAAGUGUUGCUGUCUAUGCGGAGAGUGCCACUUACUGCCUUGUGAAGAAUGCUGUGAAAAUGUUUAAGGAUAUUGGGGUUUUCAAAGAGACCAAACAAAAGAGAGUGUCUGUUUUAGAACUCAGCAGCACGUUUCUACCUCAACGCAACCGGCAAAAACUCCUAGAAUACAUUCUGAGUUUUGUGGUGCUGUAGGUAACUCCUGGCACCUCUGGCAAGUUAAGGGCAUGGGACGAGUCCCUGGUAGGCUCCAGCUUCUGGCUUGAGAGUUGAAGGUGCCAGCGUGUGGUCAGGCCUGACCUGUCCUAAUCUGACGUGCUGGAAGACAAGUGCCUUCCCCUCCGUGGGUCUGUGCUUAUCCCUACUCCGAGAUGACACAGCAGCCUCCGCUUGCAACUCAUCAUCAAUAGAUGACAAAAUUAAAUCUCAAAAAAUUAUUUUGGAGUUUAUAUUAAAAGAUUUACCUUUUAAGUAUAGGACUAAACUACUGUGAUGGGCACAAAAAUGUAGAUUCGUUCUAGAACUGAAUCUUGUAUACUUAAUACUGUCGGAUAAUUUGUCGGUAUACUUUCUGAUUAAUGGUUAAUACUUCCUUUAAACAUAAUUGAGUCAUUCAUUCACUGUUGAUUUUUUUUUUUUUCAGUUUUUGUCAAUAGUAGCUAAGUCUUAAAGGGGACACCUUUCAUCCCAAAGUGCUUUACAAAUAAUGGGCUGAUCUUUAUCACACCCAGGUAUCACUGUGCUGUCCUUCGCAGUCAGAUUUAGAAAGUUUUUUAAAAGCUACCUGAAAACACAAUAUUAGUUUAUGUCAGAAAUAGAGCUAAUGUGAUCAAACUGUUACCAUCAGGAGGUAAAUUUGGCUGGCAAAAUUCAAGGUGAACUUGGCCAGAACACUGACUUUGAACUUUUGCUCAUGUAAAAAAAGUGCCAUUGAGUUUUAAAUGACCAGCAAGGAUUUAGGAACGAGUCCUGUUUUAUGUCUGUACCCCUUCCCACCCUCGGGUGGCACCCGCCUGUCACAGGUGCAGCUCUUUCUUGGAGAUUCUCCAACCAAAUAGCAGUUGUCCUAACCUGAUUAGCUUGGCCUGAGAGACUGUUUUAGGGUAAAGUGCUGUGGUGAUAGGCUGCUGCCCCGGGGCUCAUGUACCUUGUACAGAUUGUGCACUGCAUCCAGUCCAGGUGACUGGUGCCCACUCAAGUCGUGUGGUGUACAACCUGUGCCAUAUAUGUCGUAGCCCUAUUGACUAGUCAGCGGUUCGAGGCAUGUAUGGAUUUUUAGCUAUGAGGAAAAACCAUGGUUUUUAAAAAAUGUAUGUGGGUUACAUGCCUACACCCUGAUGCCACAUAGUGGCAAAUUGUCAUGAAAAAUUGUCUGUUCAUAAUGGGUAGGUGCCUUUUUAUGAGCAGGGAGCAUAACUGUGCAUUGUAAUUAUGGUGAUUUCAUAAAGAUCAUGUGAUAUGAAAAUAUUUUCUAGCAUCUUACUGUUCUUUCUCUCCACGGUAUUAUGGAAUUAGGAAUUUUUCUUGAAGAAUAUUGCAUAUAGUCUUUGAAUUAGAAAGUACUGAGAAUUUAGUUUGUACUUUUAUAAGCUUGGACUUUAAACACUAAUUGUAUCGUCCUCUGUGUGUGUCAGGAGAGGGAAGGGUACCGAUCGGUACUUCAUGUUGUAUGAAAUAUCUCCUUUGAAACUCAUAGCAAUAAUGCUGUGCUGUGGUGAUCUUUUUCCAGUCUUCUCAAAUUCCGUGUGUAGGUUAUAUUUGUUCUUGAUAGGAACUCAUGUACCCUUAAGCCAUUGUCAGUGUUGUAGCGGCUCUGGUGUGGAGCGGGGUCUCCACCUUGUAGCACUCCGUUUGACUAACGGGGACAGAGGAGCACUUCUGUGGACUGGAGCUGUGCCUGUGGAGGAACACCCAGGGAGACUUACUAAUCCCCACGGGCGUUCCUUUUCUCGACUGGCCGUCAUCGCACUAGUCUCGCUCAUUCUCCCUCUAAAUCAUAGAUCAAGGAUCGCUCAGAUUCUCUCAGUUACCUGGGAAGUCAAGGUUGGGAGUGACUUUGAGUGGAGUCUGCUGCCCUACCUGAGACUUCUGCUAAGAGCCACUGCUGUGCUGCCUGAGCAGGGAACAGUGGCUCCUCUGGCUUUAUUUUCCUUUUCAGUUGGUUUGUUUUCUGGAAAUAUAAUCAGAUGCUUUGAGGAAUGCGAUGUAUGAUUUGCUAGCUCUCUCGCAACUUAACUCACUGUGAGAAUAAAUAUGCAUGCUUUUUGUAAUUAACUGGUGCUUUGAAAACCUUUUUUAAGGAAGAAUAAUCUCAACCAAAGUUAUGCUCAUCCAGACAAGCUGACCCUGAGUUAAUUUUAGCACAACUCAUUCUUCAGUGCCUCAUUACUGAAAAAAACAUACAUCAUCACAGUAAGGCUUCCAGGUAGCACUGUUUUUGCUUAAAGAUUUAUUUUCACUGUUUUCCAAAAGCAAAUGGCUUCCAUGUAAGAUUAAACAAACUAGGUGCUUGUAAAUAAUUUAUUACAGUUUACUCUCCUGCAUUUCUCUAACACUGAAAUGCAUGCCCUCCAGGGGAAGACUGUGAGUCAAAUUAAAAAACAAACAAAGUCCAAUAAUAAGCAAUAUGAAUCUGCACGCUUUCCAACUGAGAAUGUCCUAAGUGAUUUCAGAAAGAGGAAGGAAUUUUUUUCUCCCUUAAAUUUCAAGAAAAAACAAAGGGAAGGAAUUUGUGUGCAACAUGGAGAACUAGUAACAGAGAAAGUACUCCCGAGUCUUUCUUCUCAGACCUGUUCAGUCUCUCAAAGUCACGAGGACGAGUGGAGAAAAUACAUCAGGGAUUGCCAUGAAUGUAAACUCAGAUUGUGAAGCUUCCAGGCACCUGAAGGGGCAAAGCAUUUCCUAUGGUUCUCCAUGUGAUCUCAGUGCUCUGUGAGAUGUUCAUAGGCGUUUUGUAGAAGAAGUGUUGGUGAUAAAAUAAAUGUGGAUCCUCUUUUUUUUUUUUUAAAGAAACUCCCAUUGUGCACUAGCGUGGUGAGGGCUCAGGAUAUGCGAGUCCCAAGCCUGUUUAACCCAGCAUUUCCAAACCGUUGUGACCCUCUUUUCCCCUAGGCACCCCUAUGAACCUCUCACUAAUAUGCCAUGGAAAACAUUUUGGGAACCACUACAUUAGGUAGUUCUUUAAGGGGACAAAACAGAAUGAGAAGGCAGGGAGGCAGAGUUUGCAUGCAUUGUGUAUAGUCACGUUCUAGUUAGUGGGUGUAUGUUUUCUCCCCUGGAGACAAUAAGCACAGAAAACUAAUAUAGGCGGUCAGAGCUCUUUCCUUUGAUGGAGAGAUUGGCCGUCAAUGAUCCUGGGUUUUCCCCCCGAAAGUAGCAAAACUAACACAAGGAUUAACUGGGGUAAAUAAUUAAGAUUUUAAUUCAGAUCUAGAAGAAAAUAAUGCACAACUGAAUGCAGAUUUUUAUCCACAGGUAGUUCUAGUGUUUAGAAAUGAUAAGAUCUAUCAUUGAAGUUUCUAAGACUUAAUUUGGAUGUAAAUCUGUUUUUUAAAACACUCUUUUUAGGAACUUGAGACUUGGCAUCUGGUGUUCUAGUUUAAUACAAACUAAUGAUUGCAUUUGAAAGAAUUUUGACUUUAUUUCUAAACAUCUAAAGCUCUGAAAUGCCUUGAUGGAAGGUGUUAUUUUCCUGUUGUACAAAGAAAUGUUAAAUUGUUGUAAAAAGAAUUACUAUAAAGUACUGUGAAAUAAUACUAUGUGAUUUUGUGAGCGAAACUUAUUUGGAAACGUUGAUUGAUUUUUAUGCCUGUUAAUGUAUUGUAAGAAGCACAGAAGUGUAGUUUUCUUUUAAUAAACCAAAAAAAUGAA